UUACCCAAGGAGGAACAAUGUAUGUUACCUGAGGGAUCCUACACACCGAAAACGCCACUUGUCCUUAGCCACAUACCAUUGUCCACGGUGAAGUGUAAAAAGCAACAGAAAGGAGUUUUUUAUACUCCAUUAUCCUUCAUUUUUUGCAGAUAGCAUGUCUGUGAAUAAUUUAAUUUUGAACAAUAUAAAUGAAGAACGGAUGAUGGAAAACGGAAACAACGUAUGUUUACCGAAUUCUGAUGAAGCUGGAGCUUACGACUUUUUUCAAAAUCAGAAUGCUUUAAGCACAAAUGAACAGGAAAUCUCGAUGAUUCAGUCUAUACUGGGAGCUGGUCUUCCUAUGGGCAGUUCUGACAAUGAGGAUUCGAAGAGUACUGAGAAACCAAAGUCGACAAACCAGGAUAUCACAGACUUUUCAUCUUUUGGUCUGAACUUGGACGGUACCGGUCUUGGAAGCAAUGAUGCUAUGAUGGACGAUCUUGAGGACGUCUCUGAUGACAAUUUGCCCGAAGAAGAGCCUUCUAAUAGAGACGGAUCAAAAAAUGAAGCUGAUGAGGACUUCCACAGCAUGUUAGUUAAGGAGAUGGGUGCAGAGGCUGCUGGUCAAGUACUAGAAGGUGUUGGUUUCAGCAUUCCGUCGGGUUUGAUGCCUCAUCCAGAAGAAGAAGAAGCCAAGGAAGCUCAGGAUAAUGAAGAAGAAAUCAAUGCUCAACAGGAGGAACAGACUAGGGAAAUGGUAGUUAAACAGUAUUUCCCAUCUUUCAAGAAAGGCAUUAUUCUAAACUUCUCUGAACUGUUCCGGCCGAAACCUGUCAAACUUGCUCCUCCAAAGAAGAAGCAACCGAGAGUUUGUGUUCCUACAAGGUUAACGCUGGACGUUGAUACGGAUUUCUCCAUAUUCUUCAAAUCCAAGAAAAGUAUACCUGCUCGCCGGCCCUUGGCUGCUCCUAUCUACACAGCUCACGAGAAGAAACGGAGAACUGAUGGAGUUGUUCAGAGAAACGAUGGACUGGAUCUACACACAAUGUUCACAACAAGCGAUUGGGAAAAAGAUGUCAUAUUUGAUGUGAAUUCACCUAAUGCAAAAAAACGUCAUUUCUCAAUUGAUAAGUCGUUGGUUGACAUUGACUUGGAUACCGAUGAAAGUAUUUUUGGUGAUGAGCCCAGCAAGUAUAAAGUUGUUCUCAACUUGAAUGAUCCAAAACUUUUACUGCACGUUCAGAAGCGCGAAGACAAUCAGAAGAACACUCAAGAACAUCGACAAAAGAAUCCUCUUGCUUGGAAGUAUAAUGUCUCCAACGACGCUGCCUAUGAAAUGCUGAAACAGAAUCACCAAUCGAAGGUGCGAAACACUCUGUCUCAACUUUCAAUUGAUCAUGCAUUUUUUGCGGAGAAGCUUACUGUUCCUUAUUAUAAGACACGUUUGAGUAAGCGUGCCGAAAGAAGUUAUCAUCGGCCGCCUAUUACGUUUAAACCUAAUGCAGUCAUCGUAUUUUCUCCUCUCGCUCUUAGGAAACGCAGUAAAGAUAAACAUAAAUCUGCUAGAGAGUUAAUUCCCUCCACGAAGGAGAUUUCACUUUGUGACAAUACAUAUUCGAUCUGUGUCGAGUUUUCAGAAGAACAUCCACCUGUGCUCUCCAAUAUUGGUAUGGCCAGUCGUAUAGUUAACUACUAUAGGAAAAAGAAUGAGCAAGAUGAAUCUCGACCUAAGCUUGAGGUUGGUGAAACCCAUGUUUUGGAUGUACAAGAUCGAAGCCCAUUUUGGAAUUUUGGAACUGUUGAACCUGGUGAAAUUACUCCUACCUUAUACAACAAAAUGUUACGCGCUCCUUUGUUCCGACACAAAGUCAAUGAAACUGACUUUAUUCUAAUUCGGAAUUCAAACAGCCAAGGCUGUAAAUAUUAUUUAAAAAACAUCAACUACGUUUUUUGUUGCGGACAAACAUUCCCUGUUACUGACGUGCCUGGACCGCACUCGCGAAAAGUUACGACGGCUAGUAAGCAUCGAUUGAAGAUGCUUGUUUUCCGUCUUAUUCGUCGUUCACCGAACGACGGUCUUUUCAUUCGUCAGCUUUCCAAACAUUUCUCAGAUCAAAACGAAAUGCAGAUUCGUCAGCGUCUGAAAGAGUUUAUGGAGUAUCAGAAGAAGGGUGACGGCCCCGGCUACUGGAAACUUAAGCCAAAUGAGGUCGUGCCCGAAGAAGAAGGAACACGUUCCAUGGUGUCGCCUGAAACAGUUUGCCUUUUGGAGAGUAUGCAAGUCGGUGUACGUCAACUUGAGGAUGCUGGUUACGGUAAAACACUCGAUGAGUUGAAUGAGGAUGAUGACGAAGGAAUGUCUACUGAGCAGCUAUUGGCACCCUGGAUUACUACACGAAACUUUAUUAAUGCUACCCAGGGUAAGGCCAUGCUUACCUUAUACGGUGAAGGUGAUCCUACAGGUAUUGGUGAGGGUUACAGCUUUAUUCGGACCUCGAUGAAAGGUGGUUUCAAACCUGCGAAUGAAAGUAAUGAGGAAAAGAAUGAGCCUCAAACGAAAAAUGCUCACGCUUAUAAUGUUGCUAAACAGCAACAAGCCUAUGAAGAAGAAAUUCGGAGGAUUUGGACCGCCCAAAAGAAGGGCCUUGGAAUCACUGACAUACGAGAACUUCAGAGAAAGUACGGAUUAAGAUCGUUGAGUGAUGAUGCUGCUAAUCCUCCUGAAGAAAAGCGGGAAGACACACCAUCUGCGAAUGACAAAGUAUUGCGUAUUGUACGUACUUACCGGGACCGAAAUGGAAAUAUUGAACGCAAGCAAGAGGUCGUAAGAGACCCCAUUGUUAUCCAUGCAUACCUGAAGAAGCGCCGCGAAAUUGAGGAGCAAUCUACAGCUCUUGAUUCUGUCGUGCCUACGGGUGACGAAGCCACUGACAGGCGCAACCGUAAGCGUUUGGAGCAAGAAUUGGCGAAGAGUCAAAAGAACUGGGAGCGUCGUCGUGCUCGUCAUGCUGCCAAGGAAGGUAUUACUUUGAACGGUGAGGGUAAGAAGCCCACAACUCGAAAGUGUUCGAAUUGCGGCCAGGUGGGACACAUGAAAACAAACAAAGUUUGCCCCUUAUUCGGUCGUCCAGAAGGUGGUCUGGCUAGCAUGCUUGAUAAAAAUUAGAAUCACGGGCUUCCUGUUAAUAGGGUCCUUUUAAACUUUCUCUCUCUCUCUCUCUCUCCCUUCUGCAUUACUACAUCCUCAACAUGUUAAAACACAUUUUUUUCCAUAAACUCAUUUAAUGAAUCGUCACGAAAGAACGAAUAGAAGGGAUGGCAUUGUGAAUGAGUAGCUGUUACCGCUGCGCUCGAUUGUUUGCGUAAUGGGUAUGCUAUUUUGCAUAAAUCCAGUUAUUGCAAGGACUCGAAACCACGUCUUACUCAAUGUUAGCAUCAUUUGGCAAGAGCGGUGAAUUAAAAUAGCAACACAUAGUUCGAGGAACUCCAUUGUGUGCGAAAUGUUGGAUAUGCACUCGAUUGGUUAAGUCGCCAUAAUCAGCCAACUCGUACAGAUCAGUGUGUUUGGGAAGGAACGCAGCUACAAACGGGGUAAUUUUUAGAGCUUGUUUGUAAAGCGCUUCGAAAGGGUAUGGUGUUAAAUCAGAGAGCGAGUAGGCGUCCUUUUGACUGUAGCUUGGCCCUCCCCAAGGCGGACUCAUAAAUACUACCACCCUCAUUUGUGCUGGAAAUUUGAGAGAUUGAAGAGAAUCCAGCACAUCACCCUGCAUAAAAAUAACUCUGCUUUGAUCGACAUUGUAGACGUCCAAAUUGUGUCGAGCAAAUGCAAUUUUAACAGGAUCAAUUUCAAGACCGAUUACUGCCCC